AUCUAUUGUAUCCAUAGUCAUUAAAAAAACAACGUUUUUGAAGUUGAUAAACUUUCAAUGAUUUUUUCAUUUCAAGUGUGUAAGAGAUUUUAUACAAUUAAAGACACUAGAAAAGAGUUCAUACAAAAUCAGAGAGUUGUAGAAGAAAUGAAAUCGUGUAGUACAAAGUCUACAAAGUCUGAACGUAAAUUAAAUGUCAGGUUGUCGGACAAAGAAUACGUCGGAUAAAGAAUAUGGUAAGCUUCGUAUGUAUGUUGAAGCAUCAUCUACUGUGUUGGUGGGGAAGAAGAAGAAGAAAUCUGUAUACCCAUGGAAAGUUGUUGUUGUGAAUUAUGAGGGACACUUGAACGAUAAGGCGAUUAAAGAGAAGUUGACUGAGUUUAAUCCGGUGAAGGUACGUAGUUUGUGGGCUCCUAAUGAUGGGUUUAUUAGCCAGGCGAUUGUGGAGUUUACAGAAGAUUGGUCCGACUUAACUGAUGCAAUGUCUUUAGAGAUUGAGUUUAAUAGUAACCAAUUUUGGAAAAAACAUUAUGGUGUGGAUAACCGUGGUGGUUUGGUAAAGGUAGGUAUGUGCUUAUGGGUUGCAAAGGAGGAUGAUUAUAAUUCUGAAUGUCUUAUGGGGCAAAAGUUGAGGAGAACUAGUACCUUGGAAUCUAUUGAGGAUGUUGAAGCCAAAUAUGAGAGGAAAAACAAACAGGAAGUGUCACAACUGAAGAAUGAAGUUUUGGCCUUUUUGGGAGAAGCUCAGUUCACCGUCAAUCAGAGCAGCUACUCUCUUAGGAACUUGACGGCUGAACUUGAACCUAAAUUGAAGAAAAAUUUAGAUUUCAGAUUUAGAAUUUGACUUUGCUUAUUAAUUUUCGGUUUUAUG